GGCAAUUCGAAGCCCCAGGUGUCCGUAUGUGGCUGUGUCACUUGAUGACAGUUGUUGUUGGUCCCCACCAGAGAGUCACAUCUGGGAGAUGAGUAACCCCAUGAGGAGCCAUGACGAGUCAGAGAUCCACCGAGGAGAGGCUGGGGGAGUGGAGCCCUCGCUCACGAUACUUUGCGGCUCCCCGUCGAUCGUGCAGCCGGAGAAUGUCACGAUGGCCUCGGUGUCCGACCUCCAUCAGCCUCUACGAUCCACCACUUGCACGCCUGCCACACGCCAUGUGCGAACGGUGCGCGAAAGCGAUUGCGGACCGUUUCUCAUCAUCGUCUACGGUAAUUGCACCUUCCGGAUCUCGCGACACGGACACCAGUUCAGCAGUCGCGAUACCGGCGCAGCGUUUACCGCGGGAAGAGAAUUUCUACCAUGUUACACUUCUUGCAGAAUGUUCUGUGUGCCGAAAGGCGUCAACGGCUGCCACCGUGCGUCGCAGGUGUCAGAACUGACUCUCGCUGAUAGGCAAUACGCGGUUGUGGCAAAGCCCCAACAGAAUGCUCAGCGCGAACCGUCCCGCCUACAGCCUCGCCUAUUCCCCAUUCAAGCGAGAUCCAGAGCAGAGUUUUUUCAGUGCAGCCUCAAGGUCGCAUCCGUCGCUCGUCUAUUCCCGGGGCGGACAUUGAACCCUUUCCCACGGAGGGUUAUCAGGUACCCGCGCUGUGGUGGUGCGACACACCACCAAGAAAUUCGGACCCUGCCGUAUAAAACUUUUGCGCAAGGCCAGACUCUCGGCCAGACCCUGGUUUCUCGCUUGGGCAGGAAGCGAGGGAACCAGUGGCGCUUAGUUUCGGCGUUAAUGCACUAGCGACGUUGCGUUAUCUGCAUGUUCCACCACACUGCACUGCUUGGGGACGCGCCCCGGGCGAGGCGUUGCAGAUGAGACGCGUUGGACACGAUGUGGCGCUGAUG